CCUUAGUUUAUAACACUUCCUUGACGUUCUGUGUCGUAAAUUUGCUGAAAUCAGAGAUAAAAAUGUCAUCAAGUCAUCAAGACGCCCCUCUAGAACUUUCACCAUUAAUCACAAAUCAAGAAUAUUCAAUUGAAAAAAGCACCAAUGGACCACCACCAAACUUAUUGUUAGUUAAUAAUAACACAACGUUUGAACGAAACGUUAUUCAAAACAAUUUAAUAUCUUUUUUAAAAAAUAAUAACCAAGAAGAAUUUAUAAAUUAUUUUCAAUCUAACGAAGAGAUUUGUCGUAAAUUUUAUCUAGGCAAAAAUGGUGAAUACAUUCUUCAAGAGAUAUGCGAAAAAAACUUAAUAAAUAUAAUCAAAUUUUUACUACUAAUUCAAACCAGUGAAACGAGAAAUAAUUUAUUUUUGAGAAUCAUUUCUGAACACGGAAUCUACAAUAUUUUCCAAGAAUUACUACUUCAAGAAGAACACUCGUAUAGCGAUAAAUUCCUCAAAGAUAUUUUGUUAAUAUUACUACAUAACCAAAUUGUUUACGAAUCAAAUGAGGUCCACAACUUUAAGGCUUGUUUAAAAUUCCUAGUGAAUCAAAAUAAUUUAAAAAUUGCAGUUAACGGAGCUAAUAUAUACGGAAACACACCAUUACAUUACGCUGUGAAAUACGCAGAUCUUGAGAUAAUUACUAAUUUGUUAAAACGAGGUGCUUUCUUGGAUGUUAAAAAUAAUUUAGGUGUUAUGCCUAUCGAUAAUACUUAUCCUGAGGACUUAGAAAAACUUUUGGACGAUUGUGUAAAGACUGGAAAACCUAACUGUAAAGUUAUCGAUCCUUAUGGGUGGGAUGAUGAGAUAUUUACAUUCAAUUAUGCAAGAUUAUUUUCUGACGAAUCUUCAGAAGCACACGUACUCUUACGUAUAAGCGAAAAUCGAAAUUUACAAUACUUAGUAAAACACCCGGUUAUUUCCACACUUUUAUAUCUCAAAUGUUUUAAAAUGCAAAGGUUUUUUAUAAUUAAUUGUAUGUUUCAUUUGAUUUUUUUGGUCAAUUUAAUCGGGUUUAUUUGGUAUAGUUCCUUUUUUUCUUAUUUAUUAUUACCUAUUUUAAUCAUUUUUAUUUUAAAAGAAUUUACACAAAUUUUCUUAGUAUUGAAAAUUUACUUUACGAACCCGGAGAGUUAUUUAGAUAUUUUUAUAUUAGUUACAACGGGUUACACAAUAUGUACUAACUUUUUUUAUGAAAAUAACAAAACCGAUUUAAAUUACUAUAAACAAUUAAUGUUGGCCGGAUCAAUUUUUUCGUCUUUUAUCAAAAUGAUGUUGCUGAUCGCUCGCUGUUUACAUUUCUCAACAUACGUUUCAGUUUUAAAAACGGUUACUUCGAAUUUUUUAAAGUUUUUGCUUUGGUCUUCGUGUUUACUUAUUGCUUUUACUUUUGGAAUCUAUAUUAUUUAUCAAAAACCAAGAGGAUUUGAAAAAAAUCAAAAUGAUUUAAAUAGCGCUAAUAAAACAACUGAUUUUUUUGAUGAUCCAAUUUUAACAUUUUUAAAAAUCAUCGUAAUGUUAACUGGUGAAUUAGACGCGAAAUCGUUAUUAGAUGAGGGAAAUUUAGAAACGAUGUUCAACAAAAUCAUAUUUUUAUUUUUCGUAUUUUUUGUAACAAUAACACUUUCUAACGUAAUAAAUGGUUUGGCAAUAAGUGAUAUUCAAACAAUAAAAACGAAAGCGGAAAUAUUAAAUUUAGUUGAUCGAAUUAAACGAAUAUAUUAUUUGGAAAUGGUGAUCUCAAAAAGCGCCAUUCUAUCAAACAUCUUUAAAACUCUUAUACCAGUUAUUAUAACGUCAUAUUUUUGUCACAAUUGUAGGUUACUAGAUUUGGAUACUUUUGAUUUAGACUUUAUCUCACGUGCCAACGAGAAACGAAUAUCUCUCUUUACUUAUGACCCCUUAUUCAUCAAAUGGAUUAUUAUGAUACCUAAUGGUGAUAAAGGAUUAAUUUUUCAAAAAUGUAAACUAUGUGGAAAAUAUAUUUUACAUGAACCUAAUAUUUAUAUGGAUAAGGAAAUAGUGAAGAAUACUGAGAGAAUUAUUCGGAAAAGAAUGAAUUUAGAGAAAUAGGUAUUACAUAGAACUAUUUGUAGGUAAAUGUUACUGUUACCGUUGUUUGUUUUUAAUGAAUGUAUUUCGAUCGCUUAAAUACAAAAGAGAGAAAACUUUCAUUUAUUGUUACCCAAUUUAUCAAAUUCUUAAUAAUCAUAAUCUUUAUUUGUGUAAAAAAGUGGAUACACUCGUACGCCCGUCAAAUAGAUAUUAUAAUAAAUAAGAACCAUACAAUAGUUAACAUCACAAAAUACUUACAAUUUACAAAUCACAGAGAGGAUGAUACUCUCUACAGAUUAAAACUUCUUGUGUGGAAUAAAACGCUUUUUUUAAUAAAAAUCUUUUAAUUGUGCCUUAAUUUCAAGUUUUCGCCAGCCGGAAAAGGCUGAACAUAGAUUUUUAUUCCCACGUCUAUUGUGGGAACCGUGGGAACGAACAUCAGAGUACUCUCUGACCUAUGCGAAAUUAUACAUGUAUAGUAUUUUCAUUAUAACAAGAGAAGCUUUCAACCGAUUUUGAUGAAAAAUAUCGCAUUCGAAUGUCUGAUUCACAAUCUCCUUCGAAUUCCGCUUAAACGCCCAAAC